GUCAACCCUUUCUGUCAAGCAGUUCUCGCCCCGCCCCUCUGCGACGCGUUGCGUCAAGUCCUGUCGUGGGCCGCUCUGGCCGCCUGGAGGACUUGUCAUCUGUGUCCGGCGGCGCUCUGAGGCGGUGGGCGGGACUGACGCGAGGAGUGAAGAGCCAUCUGGGAGCAGCGCCCCGGCUGCUUUGGCUUGCAAGUGUUUUCGCGAUGAGGUUGUGGGAACUCAUGGCGAGGUUUAAUUCAUUCAAAAGGACUAAUGUCAUACUACAACAUUUGAGAAUGUCCAACCACACGGAUGCAGCAGGAGAAGUACUGUUGGAAAGGAAAGGUUGUGCAGGAGUGAUAACACUAAACAGACCAAAGUUCCUAAAUGCACUGAAUCUUAGUAUGGUUCGGCAGAUUUAUCCACAGCUAAAGAAGUGGGAACAAGAUCCUGAAACUUUCCUGAUCAUUAUAAAGGGAGUUGGUGGAAAGGCUUUUUGUGCUGGGGGUGAUAUCAGAGCGGUUUCAGAAGCUGCAAAGGCAAACCAGAAGUUGUCUCAAGAGUUCUUCAGAGAAGAAUAUAUGCUAAAUAAUGCCAUUGAUUCUUGCCAGAAACCAUAUGUUGCACUUAUUCAUGGAAUUACAAUGGGUGGGGGAGUUGGUCUCUCAGUUCAUGGGCAUUUUCGAGUGGCCACAGAAAAGUCUCUUUUUGCAAUGCCGGAAACUGCAAUAGGACUAUUCCCUGAUGUGGGUGGAGGUUAUUUCUUGCCAAGACUUCAAGGGAAACUUGGUUACUUCCUUGCAUUUACAGGAUUCAGGCUGAAAGGAAGAGAUGUGUACACAGCAGGAAUUGCUACACACUUUGUAGAUUCCGAAAAGUUGAGCAUGCUAGAAGCAGAUUUGUUAGCCCUGAAGUCUCCUUCAAAAGAAAAUAUUGCAGAUGUCUUAGACACUUACCACACGAAGUCCAAGAUUGAUCAAAACAAGCCUUUUAUACUUGAGGAACACUUGGACAAAAUAAACAGCUGGUUCUCUGCCAACUCUGUGGAACAGAUUAUUGAAAUUUUACAGCAGGAUGGUUCCUCUUUUGCCCUGGAGCAAUUGAAGGCAAUUAAUAAAAUGUCUCCAACAUCCCUAAAGAUCACACUAAGGCAACUCAUGGAGGGGUCUUCAAAAACCUUGCAAGAAGUAUUAACUAUGGAAUAUCGGCUGAGUCAAGCUUGUAUGGGAGGACACGACUUUCAUGAAGGAGUUAGGGCAGUUUUAAUAGAUAAAGACCAGAGUCCAAAGUGGAAACCAGCUGAGCUAAAAGAAGUUACUGAUGAAGAUUUGAAUAAUUACUUUAAAUCUCUGGGAAGCAAUGAUUUGAAAUUUUGAAGUGACUGGAUGUUGAAGGUAUUAUUUUGGAGCAGGGGUCGGCAAACUACGUAUGGCACAUGGCCCACAUCUGGUCUGCUGCCUGUUUUUCAUAUAUCCCACCAGCAGAGAAUGUUUUCUGCAUUUUUAAAUGGUUGGAGAAAGAAAUCAAAGACUAGUAUUUCAUGACAUGUGAAAAUUACAUGAAAUUCAAGUAUCAGUGUCUAUAAAUGAAGCUUUAUUGGGACACAGCUGUACUCAUCUAUUUCUGUAUUACUUAUGGCUGUUUUGAGUAGUUGUAACAGAGACUGUAAGGCCUGCAAAGCCUGAAAUAUUUACUAUGUGGUCCUUCCAGAAAAAGUUUGCCAACCCCUGUUUGAGAAGAUGGGAAAUUUGAAGGCCUUUAGAGAUUCUUGAGUUAGUAUAUCUAAUUAAAAUGGGAACUUUAUGUUUUGGCUUUGGGUAGUGGUUUAUAUGUUGAUUAAAUACAAUUAUGUAUAGAUUAUAAAAAAUAAAAACCCUGAAAAUUU